AUGGCUACUCCGCCUCCCGAGGCCCCUCCUGUUCCAAAGGAGGACAAGCUACAGCUCCCGCCAUCACCGACUGGUCUAUCUGCGCCGGAUGUCGCGCCUACCAGUGUGCAAGAUGCAGUAGCUCUCAAAAGUGGUAGCCCCGCCAAUAUCGAGGCCAACCAUCCCCCACUGAAUGGACACGACCCCGCGCCAUCGAUUACCAACGGCGCAAGCACCGCGACAUCCCCUCCUAAAUCUCCCGCCCCUGCACCCGCCGAACAGACCCCGCCAGUGACCCAAGACAAACCACUUGCUGCCGAAUCUGCGGUUUCCGCAGAGACCCAGCAGAGCGACAGCAAGGACCCAGUGCAGCCUCAGGAAUCUCCUUCGGCAGCUCCUCCUGCCGCGACGAACACUGGUGCCGAGAAGCCUGUUUCUCCCGCCACCCAGCCUGCAAUUUCUGCGCCAACUACUAGUGCAGCUGAACGCGCGAGUGACAAAAUGGCUGUCCAUACCUCAGAGAAAGCCUCAACUGCAGUGAAGACCGAACUUCCUCACCAUCCUACCCCCGACCUCACUCAUCCAUCUUUCCCAGCUCCACCCACUGACCAGGAGAUGAUGGAUGCGCCAGAACCCCCUAUGUCUCCCUCCAAAAUCUCCAGGCAACGCGAUGCGGACCUUCACGAGGAGCCCGCCGCCAAGCGCACCAAGGUUGACAGCGAAGACAAUGGAUCGGUGGCUCGUGAUGUUCACACUCCAACUCAAGUCCGAACCCCCAUCGGGUCUCAAGGUCCUACUUACACCGGCCAGCAUGCUCUCACCAAGAUGCAGCACAGAUUUCUUCUCAAGACUCUCACCCACCUCAAGCGCCUGCACGACUCGCGCUUCUACCGGGAACCUGUGGAUCCCAUCAAAUUGAACAUCCCGCAGUAUCAUACCAUUGUUACCAACCCCAUGGACUUGCAAACUAUCGACAGGAAGUUGAAGACCAACCAAUACCACUCCCCCCAGGAUGUUGUGGAAGACUUCGCUUUGAUGGUCCAAAACACAACCGUCUUCAACGGCCCUGAGCACUUGGUCACUCAAGAGGGUAUCAAGCUGAAGGCAAGCUUUCAGAAACUUAUGCAAAGUUGCCCUGGCCCCGAUGAAGUCGAAGACAAAAAGCCCAAGAAGGCGACAGAGAAAACCUCCGCUGCUCGUCGGGAGCCUCGGACCUCGCUGGGAAGCACCAAGGCGGCUUCUCCUCAAGCUCAGACCUUUGCGCUAGGACCUGAGGGACUUCCUGUCAUCCGUCGCGAUUCUUCCAAUCCUGAUGGUCGCCCGAAGCGUUCAAUCCACCCCCCGAAGCGUGAUCUGCCAUACUCAACUAAGCCUAAGAAGAAGAAGUUCCAAUGGGAGCUCCGUUUCUGCCAGGAAGUUGUGGAUGAGUUGUUCAAGCAGAAGAACUACAACUGGGUCAUGCCAUUUUACUACCCCGUCGAUCCAGUUGCCUUGAAUAUCCCGACCUACCACAGCGUGGUCAAGAAGCCAAUGGAUCUGUCCACUGUUCAGUCCAAGUUGAAAACUGGCCAAUAUGAGAAUGCUAAGGAGUUCGAAGCCGAUGUUCGCCUCAUCUUUAAGAACUGCUACCGAUUCAAUAUCAACGGUGACCCAACUUAUGUCUGUGGCCAGCGAGCCGAAGAGAUCUUCAACGAGAAGUGGGCCCUGAAGGCGGAUUACCUCGAUGCCCAUGAACCACAUCAAGAGCAGAAUAGCGAUUACUCCGACGAAGAUAGCGACGAGGAUGCAGAGGAGAGUGAGGAAGACGAUGAGAAGCUCACUUUGCUCCAGAAGCAGAUCGCUGAGAUGUCCCGUCAGGUUGAGGCCAUCACUAAUAAGAAGAAGAAGACACCCCCAUCAUCCAAGAAAGCUGGAAAGUCGAAGUCCUCCAAGAAAGAUCCUCGGAAGAGUAUCUCCGCGAAGCGGGACAAGAAGAGCAAGAUCGCCAAGCCCGAACGCACCCGUCCUGUCACCUAUGCCGAAAAACAGCUCAUUUCUCAGGGCAUUGGUAGCCUGCCAGACAAGAAGAUGCAGGAUGCCCUGCAGCUCAUCCAGAACAAUGUUCCUCAACUCAAGGGUACCAAUGAUGCCGAGAUUGAGCUUGACAUUGAUGAGCUUCCUAACAAUGUCCUAAUCAUGUUGCUGAGCUUCGUCAAGAAGAACGUGCCUGGUCUGGGCGAUGACCUCGAAGAGGAGUACACCCCUGCCAGCAGCACCGUGGCACAGCCUAAGCCUAAGAAGAACAAGCCAAUGAGCAAGUUUGAGCAAGAGGCCCAGAUCAACAUGCUCCAGAACAACCUCUCCCGCUUCCAGGGUGGCGGUGGUCUCUCCCCUGAGCCCAUGCCCUCGGUUGAACACAAUGAGAGCAGCGACGAUGAUUCGGACUCCUCCGAGGAAGAGAGCGAGGAGGAGUAG